GGAAAUUGAAGGGCGCAUCUCGUCUGGCAUCACUGUUAAAACUCACGUAAAAACUGUACACUUUUUGCACAGGGCUGACACCAAAAAACAUAGAUUAAACCGCUAGCGUCCCUCUUAUUAAAACAUUAAUUUUUGUUUUGGCGGUUUCCCCCGGCGAAAAAGAGAGCAACAGUCAAGCAGGCAAGGAGGUUGCCGCGAAAUCUUAAAUCAACAAGUGUUUCCUGCUGUACUCCUUUCGCUGGUCUCUCCUCGCAGUCCCCCGAUAAAGAAGCGGCAUCGAGAUGAACAUGUUCGAGGCAAAUAUACGUAAAGUAAGCGACUCGCUCUACAACGCCGUUCGAUUGGCGGCCGAAUACGGCAAUGAAGAGACUAAACAACUGAAGCAGUACACAGAGCUGGUCGAAAAGCUGUGCGAAACGGAGAGUCUUAUGAACAGCCAUACGAAAGCGAUCGCAGAAGCCUCCCGCGAACAGACGAUCGACAGUUUCGACAGGCGCUACAAUGCCGGCACACCGAGUAAGAAGGUCCAAGUGAAGGGCCACAAGCGUUACAAAGAUUUUGUGCAGUUCGCCAAACCCCUGCUAGAUACGGCAUCGGGCGAAACCAGCGAUCAGCAGCAGCAGGAGCCAGCAGGCGAUGAGGAAUUGAUCAUGGAGGAGGACCCGAGCACUCUGAUCGAUCCGAUCUUAAAGAAACCGCUCGAGGUGCCGGUGCGGAACAUGGUGUGCAAUCACGUGUACGAAAAGAAUUCAAUAGAGCAGCUGCUUAAGAUGAAUGUCAAUACGCGCUGCCCCGUGGUGGGCUGUGCCGCCCAAGGGGCCGUCAGUGCCCAGCAUCUGAAGCUUGAUGAACAGUUGCUGCGUAAACUGCGCCGACUGCGAGAUGCCGACCGAUAGUGUGGCCGUUAACCGUUAACUGAUUAUGUAGAAAUCUCAAAAAUAAUCCCAUCUCAUUUACA